GUUGUUUACUUGGAACAUAUCUUGAAGUCUGCAACUUAGCCGUCUUAGUCAAUCGCGGCUAUCCCUUGAUGUUGGUUACAGCACAUGCUUGAGCUUGCGCAUCUAUUUCUAGGAACUCUCCAACGGCGGCUAUUUCGGAUACCUACCUUGGACUAAUAGCUUUCCAACAUGGAUCCUCUGAGCAUCACAGCAAGCACUCUUACUGUCAUCCAGUCAUUGUUGGCUACGUUCGAUGCCAUCAAACACAUCAAGGGUUUACCCGCAGCCUUCAAGGAGGUGGGGAAAAGCCUCCCACUCGUCGAGAACACACUGCAACUCGCUCAUGAAGCCCUGAAAGCCGAGAAACCAGACGACGCGGCUGAGAAGGAACUUAUACCCGCACUGGGUGAUUGUCAAAAGCGGGCUUCCACUUUACGCGACAUCUUCAAAGACAUUGAGGGCGGCAAGAACCAGGAAAAGGAGGCCAAAGAGUGGUCUGCUCUUGUCAAGUUCUAUCACAACAAAGUCGUACCAUUGGGCAAGGCUCACAAAGUCGAAAGCCUGAUGCAAGACAUACUCAAAAAGCUCAAGGUACUUGCUAUUCGUCAGAUAUUCAAGGCAAGUGCGGAGUUGCAAAAGCAAGUCGGCGGCCUAGAGGACGCAAUCCGGUCUCUGUCAGAAGUGGACCCAUCCCUCCCAGACUCGGACUUUGAUGCCGCGUCUAACAAUAUCUCAAUGAAUAACUACGGCAAAGCGAAAGGGUUGGUUUCGACAGGCAGCAAUGCUGACAUUGCGAUGGGAGAUAAAUAUCAAUCAGGCCACAAUAUGUACUUUGGUAGGAGAUCAAGAGACAGCGAUUCUGACUGAAGGUCUUCAAGUUUAGAAAAGCUGACGACCAGUGGAUUCUGUGUAGCAAAUCAUUACUAUCAAACUUCUGGUGCUACUGGUUCGUUUCCAUCUGUCCGAACUGAUUGUGUCUCCUAUUCUCACCAAAGUGGACCGUC